ACAGUUACAGUAAUUGACCCAAUGGACAUUGAACUUGUCCAAUAUUGGCUUUUGGCAUUUCCAGUUUAUAAAGGACACGCGCAGGGACCAUGGAGAUAAACGCUGUAAAUGCUCUAACAUACGAGGAUUUUGUGAAACUAUUUGGUAACGUGGUUGAGAAAUGCCCCCUCAUUCCGGCUGCAAUAUGGUCCUAUCGGCCAUUCAAAGAUCUAGCGGACAUCGAGGCUCACAUGAGGGAAUUCAUUCACGGUCUACCAGACUCAGGUAAAGAGGGCGUGUUGCGGUGUCACCCUGAUUUGGCGGGUCGGGACCUCCAGAGCGGGACGCUAACACGCGAGUCUCAAGAGGAGCAGAGUCGAGCCGGAAUGACCACACUGGACUCCGCAGAGAGUCUGCACAUGUCUAGUCUAAACACAGAGUACAAGGAGCGCUUUGGCUUCCCUUUUGUCAUCUGUGCCCGUCUCAACAGCAAAGCAGACAUCGUGCGCCAGCUGUCUGAACGCCUGAACAACGACCGUGCGACGGAGCGAGAGCGCGCGAUCGAAGAGGUUACUAAAAUCUGUAGUCUCAGGUUACGCAAUAUUGUCCUAUCAGACAUUCAAACCAAACUGUAAGUGAAGCUACCAUUGCAAAAACCGUUCACUGCAUGUGUCUACUUAAUUGUAUUUCUUUAAGUAACGGACAUAAAAAAAUAAGCAGGCUUUAUAGGCAAUAUGAAUAAAUCCAUAUGAAGUAGCAUUGUUCUAAAAACGUUAACCCCGUCAAUUAUGAAAAUAUUAUUUGUCAAUGGCUUCUGAAUGUUUUAUAACGUCCAGGUUUUAAAUGUAAAAAAAAAAAAAAA